AUGAAUUGCUUACCUGCUGUGAGAUUAAUGGCUAUGAAGAAUAUAACAUUCAUCCAAGAUCUUGACAUACAGAAGGAUAACUUCACUGUGAAGGUCCGAAUCACUAGACUGUGGAAUCAACCGCUGUUUAAAAACCCGGAUGAAAUAUAUUCCGUCGAAAUGAUAUUAAUGGAUGAACAGGGCACUAAAAUACAAGCAAAUGUCCUACCAAAAUGGGUUCCUAAGUUCAGGAAUUUAUUUCAGGAAGGGACUGCAAUUUUCAUUAAGAAUCCUACAUUUGCUCGACAUGCAUUGAAGUACAAGUUAAUUGAUAAUACAAACAAGUUAAGUUUGUAUUACAAAACUUCUGUGACAAGUUGCCAGGAUUUUAGGGGUUCCAGUUUUGGUUUCUCAUUUGUCAAAUUUGCAAUUCUUAUAUCGAAAAGUAUUCCAGAACAUACAGAAGUUGAUGUAAUUGGUGAGGUUAUUGGUUGUGAGACAAUGGUGACUCUUCCAGAUAACAAUGGAAAAGCCAAAAGAAGGAUGCAGGUUGAGAUGCAGGAUUUGGAGGGGAUUAAAAUCCAAGUGACAUUGUGGGAUGCAUUUGCUCAGGAAUUUAAUGAUUAUGUUUCUACUAACAAGGACAACGGGAUUGUUAUUCUUGUAAUUCAGUUUGCAAUGGUGAAAAUUUACAGAGAAAAACCAUUUCUUUCUAACUCAUUUAAUGGUACGAGAUUGUUCAUCAAUUCGAAUAUUGAUGAAAUCAAGGAUUUUAUGAAAAGUUUGAUUCGGGAGAGUGGCGAAUCUAAAUCGUCACAACAGAUUUCAAUGCUCUCUGGAUUGUCUUAUUCAUAUCAUGAAGAUUUUCUAGACAGAACCAGUAGAGCAAACAUUGUUGAAAUUAGUGAAACUGUUGAGGCAAAAUCACUAAUUAUAUUAGGAACAGUGAAAGCAUUUAGGAAGGAUGUUCCUUGGUUUUACAUGGGUUGCAAGAGGUGUAACCGCAAGGUUCGACCCAUGUACACUAUAAUUGACAAGGAUGAUAGAUCGGGUAUGAAAGAAGAGAGUGAAAGUUUUGAAUGUACGACUGAUAGAUGCAGAGAUAAAAAGACUGAGGUUUUGCAAAAGUUCAGAAUUUCUUUGAGAGUUCAAGAUGAUACUGGAAUUGAAUCAUUGACAUUUUUUGAUCGAAAAUAUAAUAAACUUUUGAAUCAAUCUGCAAUAGUGUUGUAUGAAAAAGUUAAAGAGAGUCGUGAUUUAGAUAUGUUUCUGGAUGUUUUGCUCGAUCGAAAAUUUGCAAUAAAGAUUGACAUAACUGAUUACAAUAUUAAAAACAGAUGUUUCAUUAAUGGUAUUUCAAAGCUAACAGAUGAUGAUGCCAUCUUGAAUGAAUUGGAGAUGAGAUACGCUUCUCAACAGCCUGCUAAAUCAGAAUCAGUAAAUCUGCAUUCAACAGAUUUCAGUUCUGAAGAGAAGUUAAGGGAUGUUGUAUCAUUUACUGGUGAGAAUGCAACACCCUCCGAUGUGGAUAAGAGCACUGCAGACAGUCCGGAAUCACAAGUGAAGUUGUAUGACAGAAGGCUUGGGAAAGGAAUUGAUAGGAAGUGUGAUUUUGAAAGUUGGUCUGAUGCCGAUCAGGAAGAAAAAGAAUCGACUAAAAAAACAUUAAAAAUCCCUAAGGUUGAAAAACGAACCCAGAAACCUGCAACUCUCAAGAAACCUGCAACUCUCAAGAAACCUGCAACCAUGUCUUCUUCGAGUGGUUCCGCUCAAUCCGUCAACGUCUCAAGUGACAACGAGGUCACUCAGGCGCAAGCUUUAACCUCGCACGCUCUUUCUUUUGUUCAGAAUAAAUACGAGAAAAUCGUACUGGUGAAGAAGCCUAACAACUACUUCUUCGUCCCAUCAUUAUCAGUUUUUCCCGAAUCCACCUAUACUCUCAUCUCAAUUCUUAAAAACCAUCCACUUUUUUAUGCUUUAACUGCUACACGCCCCACAUCUAAAACCUAUAUCACCCAGUUCCUUCUUAGCGCCUAUCUAACUACCCUAGAUAACUCAGGGCUAACCAUUGUUGGUUAUGCCUCUCACCUAGUGAACAAAUCUUUGGUUCCACUGGAGUUGAAUGUUGAAAUCCUUUGA